AUGCCGAUGACGUUCGAGCACUACCAAGAGAUUCUCCAGGCGGUUCCUAACGAGCGGGAUGCCGUGAUGUCUUCGAGUAGCGUGGCUCACGGCGAGUCGCCGGGCGGAUGGGGAGAUGCUAUCCGCCUCGGCAUUCAAGGACCACAUGGUGGAUCCGAUGGCACUCAUCGUCGAUUUCUCGUUCCACACGUAGACCUUCAAGGUGGACCCCGACAGGCAGGGCAGGUACGCCACGAUCACCAACCCGGAUGCCGCGAUAAUUCGCCAGGCGCUGGCGAAGUUGCCCGUCAAGAAUUUCUCCAGUGGCCACGAUGUCUACUCAGCGGAUGGGCAGUUUCCUGA